GGGGCCGGGAGGAGCCGGGCGUCGCGCCGUCCGCCGGGCCGCCCUGUGGAGCGGCGCCUCGCCCCGUCCCGCGCCGUCCCCCGCCGCCUCGGCCGGGCCCGCCCCUCUCCCAGUCUCCUCCGCGGUUCUCCUCCCUGAGCCAGGCGGGGCCGCCUCUCGCCGCGACGCCGUCCUCGCUCCGCCGCUUCUCGCCGCUUCCCUCGACCCGGGGCACCGCCGCCUCCCGGCGGGACUCUCCUCUCUCCGGCCGCCGCCGCCCGACCCCGAUCCCGGCCGCCGCCCGCGGAGCCGCCAUGAGCUGGGGCACGGAGCUGUGGGAUCAGUUCGAUAACUUAGACAAGCACACACAGUGGGGCAUUGACUUCUUGGAGAAAUACGCAAAAUUUGUAAAAGAAAGGAUAGAAAUUGAGCAAAACUAUGCAAAGCAACUCAGAAAUCUGGUCAAGAAGUACUGUCCUAAACGUUCAUCCAAAGAUGAGGAACCCAGGUUUACAUCGUGUAUUGCCUUUUUUAACAUCCUUAAUGAGCUGAAUGACUAUGCAGGACAACGCGAAGUAGUUGCGGAAGAAAUGGGACACAGAGUCUAUGGAGAAUUAAUGAGAUACUCACAUGAUCUGAAAACUGAGAGAAAAAUGCAUCUCCAGGAAGGACGAAAGGCUCAACAAUAUCUGGACAUGUGCUGGAAGCAGAUGGAUAAUAGUAAAAAGAAAUUUGAGAGAGAAUGCAGAGAGGCAGAGAAGGCGCAGCAAAGCUAUGAAAGACUGGACAAUGACACUAAUGCGACAAAGGCUGAUGUUGAAAAGGCUAAGCAGCAGUUAAACCUGCGUACACACAUGGCUGAUGAAAACAAAAAUGAAUAUGCUGCACAACUACAGAAUUUUAAUGGCGAGCAACACAAACACUACUACAUUGUCAUUCCUCAGAUUUACAAGCAACUUCAAGAAAUGGAUGAAAGGAGGACUAUCAAACUUAGCGAGUGUUACAAAGGCUUUGCUGACUCUGAGCGCAAGGUUAUUCCAAUCAUCUCUAAAUGUUUAGAAGGGAUGAUCCUUGCAGCAAAAUCAGUUGAUGAACAUAGGGACUCCCAGCUGGUGAUAGACUGCUUCAAAUCUGGUUUUGAACCUCCUGGAGAUUUUCCAUUCGAAGACUACAGUCAGAAUAUUUACAGAACUAUCUCUGAUGGAACCAUCAGUACACCAAAGCAGGAAGGAAUGAGAAUUGAUUCAAAAACUACAGUGGGCAAAGCGAAAGGAAAGCUGUGGCUAUUUGGAAAAAAACCAAAGCCACAGUCCCCACCCCUAACCCCUACUAGUUUAUACACAUCCAGUACUCCUAAUGGGUCCCAGUAUCCCAUAUUCUCCAUUGAACCAGUGCAUUAUUGCAUGAGUGACAUAAAAACAGGGAAGCCCAGAAUUCCUUCUUUCAGAAGCCUCAAAAGAGGGUGGUCGGUGAAGAUGGGCCCUGCAAUGGAAGAUUUCAGCCACCUUCCUCCAGAACAACGACGCAAGAAACUUCAGCAGAGAAUUGAUGAACUCAACAGAGAACUACAGAAGGAAACCGACCAAAAAGAUGCCCUCAUCAAGAUGAGAGAUGUCUAUGAAAAAAAUCCCCAGAUGGGUGAUCCAAGCAGUUUACAGCCAAAAUUAGCUGAGACAAUGAGCAACAUGGACCGUCUUCGGAUGGAAAUACACAAGAAUGAGGCCUGGCUCUCUGAAGUUGAAGGAAAAGUAGCAGCCAGAACUGACAGGAGACACAGCAGUGAUAUCAACCACCUUGUAACGCAGGGCAGAGAGAGCCCUGAAGGGAGUUACACAGAUGAUGCAAAUCAGGAAGUCCGAGGCCCACCACAGCAGCAUGCACAUCCAAAUGAGUUUGACGAUGAGUUUGAAGAUGAUGAUCCGUUACCAGCUAUAGGACACUGCAAAGCAAUAUAUCCUUUUGAUGGUCAUAAUGAAGGCACUCUAGCAAUGAAAGAAGGGGAAAUUUUGUACAUUAUUGAGGAGGACAAAGGAGAUGGGUGGACAAGAGCUCGAAGACAAAAUGGAGAAGAAGGCUAUGUACCAACAUCUUAUAUAGAUGUAACGCUAGAGAAAAACAGCAAAGGUGCAGUAACCUAUAUCUAACAGUAAAUUGGCUACUUACAAGUGUACGUUCUCCAUUGAAAAUAGUGGAAAAAUAGUAAGUCUGGCAGGUUCGUGGAAAGUAUUAGAAUAACAGAAGCCAGGAAUUGUCUAUUGUUUGCAAUGUGAAUUUGCUGUAGCUUUUCUAGAGAUAACAGCAUUAAAUUGGUCUGUAAUUCUGGCUAAUGCUUUCUGCUUUGUUUCACUGAUACAAUGUUCCUGCUCUACAAAAGCACAGAAUCCAAUUCAGCUAUAAAAUGGAGAAAGACCAGGAUUCCUGCUUGUUCUGUAGCAUACUUUGUCUUUAUAGAGAAUUGAAAAAUUAUUUAAGUUUUGAAGACAUCUGAGAUAGACUGUUCACUAGCCUUACUUAAAACUGUAUGCUUAAACAAGUGUUUUAUCCCCUACUAACUGAAUUCAGUUACUGAAAAUUAUUAAUUUCCUUCCUUAGCAAAUACUUGGCAUCUUUCACUUCUUAAACAGGAAGAUCUUUUCUGAAUCAAAAAGCUCAACAAAAUUAUUCAGGAAGAAACAGUAUGAUUAGAAAGGACAGAAGGUCCACUGACCUGCCGCUCCUCCCCUUUCUGUAGUUCUCAUGUAGAAUGUUGUGUAUUGGACACAACUGCUUUGUUUUAACUAUAGACAACUUGAACCAAAGACCCCCACCAACAACAAAAACUACAUUUAAUUAAUUAUUGGUGUUUUACUCAAUUUUAACCUCUUUUACUCCUGAAAAGGGAAUGAUUUUAGAUUCUUAAUCUGUGCCUGGAAGCUGUCUUUGAAUUGUAUCAUGUUUAGUUUGAAAUCCAGGGUUUUUUUAAUUAAUUUAAUUCCCCUCAUUGUUAAAUCACUGAGGCUUGGAAACUGCGAUGCACUACUUGAUUUCUUCUAGAAACUAUUGCUUGUGUUUCUAAUGUGAAUUUAUGAGAGUAAUACAAGGCUAGUUUAUAGCCACUGAGAAUGGCCUGUUAGAACUGAGCACGCUUCCCUGUCUUCUAAAGGCCUUCAGUAACUUUGUUCUUUUCUUUUUCCUCUUGGACUGCAGGUUCCUGAAGCGGGUUUCUGAGAAAAUGGGCGAGAUCUUGAAGGAGGUUACAUGCAGCUGCUUGGGGCGGGGGGUGGGAGGGAGGUGUUAGACUGGGAUGCCCAUUGAACAAGGGGAAAAGCUAGUUGCAUGAAUGCAUGCAGACAUACAUUUAGUCACUAACGUUCUUAGCAUUUCCAUACGUAAUUAAGGAUGUAAUACAAAUUCUUAAAUUUGUGCAGGAAAUAGCAUUCCAUUACCAGAGUAAAAAGGCAGCUCUUCCUAAAACUGCAUUAUUUUCAUUGUCAUAGGUGGGCAGAGAGCCCCAAACUAUAAUUUAGCUUGUGCUACAUUCUGGUUGGUUCAGUUAUACUCUUUCCAACUCAUUUUAAAUAGCAGUCAUUUAGAACCGUGUCAGCUACCAGUCUGCUUGCACCACCUCCAUGCUCGCCCUUAACCUCCUCUUGCAUGCCUAGGACAGUCAGGCAUGUCUGCAUAACACUUGUUUGACAUCAUUGCUUCUCUUAUUUUGUAACAAAUCAUUCUCUUUAAAUUACCUUCAGUACUAGAGUUUCAUCCAGUAUCCAUGUAUGCUGCUAUAACUUUUCCACUGCAACCAUCAUUACAUUCCAGUUUUUAGCAUAACUGGUAAGAGACCGUAUUUAUGUUAUGUUGAUUCGGGGAAGUGAUACAUCCCAGCUCUAACCUACAAUGCAGUCAAGAGCAACUUCUAGACCUGUGGACCAUCGUCAGCACUUCAGUAACCUACUGUCAGCACUGGAAACCUGGAACACCACCAGAGAGGUUCACCACUGCGAGCUAAUGACUAUUUCCAGAAGUCAACCACUUGCCAUUCUACCGCUGCCUUAAACUAUAGUGCCUAAAUCUGUUGUUGCCAACACUACCACUUACAGUAUCUCACAAAGGGCUUUGCGUCUCAGCUCUUUCCACAGUGCUGCAGCUGCUGAGGUAGACAUGGUAGGUGUUUUGUCGAGCUCUACUUUACAGGAUACAUGGUGCAUCAUGAAUUUUAUACAUUGGGAUGUGUAUCUCUUACUUUGAUUUUAAUAUUUUUAAAACUAUUUUUAUGGAAACUGUCUCUUAGUUUUUUGACUAUGAAGUUCCAUUUUUAAUUAAAUUACCACAGUGCUAGUCCGUUUCUAGGUGAUGCUUCAUUGUAUGGACCAGUUGAAAUUUGAGUGAUACUUCGUAAUGAUCUAUGUGCACUUUUACUUGUAAACAAUUGAAAUUUGGAUAUGUUUAUACGUGUAAAUAUAGUUGUCUGCAGUGCCCCUGUUGCUUACGUCGUCUUGCCUCCCAUUUGUGGUUCUAUUAAUACAUACAUCAUAUCUGAUCUAUUAGGGUGAUAAGAAUUAGAUUAGAGAUUUUGGGUGGGGUGGGGGGCGGAUAUUUGCAUCAAACAAAGCUUGUCAACCCAGCCAACUGCUGUUUGGAAAAUAAUAAUCAAAACAUCCUGUUUUUCCGGAGUCUGAAGCAAUAUUUGGAUGCAGAAGUGCUGGAUUCUUUUUAAUUUCAGUGUUAUUAGGAAGUGUACUACCAGUAAAACUGAAUUUGAGUGA